GUAGGGCAUGGAGAUCAGCGAGGAGCAGCGCAGGAGAAUGGAGGCGAAUCGGGCGGCCGCUUUGGCCCGGCGCCAGAGAUCUUCUCAAAAUGCGGAAGCUUUGGCGAAUUCCGGUGAGAAAUGCGGCAAGACACAUCUGGUUUCUCUCGAGAUUUGCUCGGCGCGCGAGUUUUUCGUAGUGCCACCGCAUUCCUGUUGCUCUGAUGUACUUCGCCGAGUGCACCAUUGGCUGGAAUCGGUGCCACCAGUGUGCUGGAAAUCAUGCAACGAUUAUAAUCGCUGUCCAGUCUAUAGACUGAGAGACUACGAGGUCGUGACAGACGUUUUGCAGAGGUUGCCUGGAGUGAAGUUGGAGCACAUACCAUUGAGCACACGCAAUUCUUUGAGGAGCUGCUCUCAUCAACUAAGAAACGCUGACCAGUGGCUUCCCUUCCACCCGAGGCAUGCUCCAGACUCAGUCGUGGACAAGCUCUUGCUAGGCCUGCCUUGGAAGUUGAAGCAAUACUUAUUGCCUUUUCAGUGGGAUGGUAUUCGAUAUGGUUUGCGAAGAGGUGGACGCGUGCUAAUUGCCGACGAGAUGGGGCUCGGAAAGACUCUUCAGGCCAUCGCCAUCGCGGCAUGCUAUCUAAACGACGGAUCUUUACUUGUUGUUUGUCCCGCUAGUCUACGUCUGGUCUGGGCCGAAGAACUAGAGAGAUGGCUUCCAUUUCUCUCACCUUCAGACGUUCAUCUUGUGUUUGGACGAGAAGACGAUUUAAAAGAUCUGAAAACACCAAAAGUUGUUGUAAUAUCUUACAAUAUGCUAAGACGGCUUCGGGAGAGCAUACUUCGUUGCAGCUGGGAGAUGGUAAUCGUUGACGAAUCACACAAUAUCCGAUGCUCGAAGCGUCCUACUGAUUCCGAAGAGACUACAGCGCUGAUGGAAGUGGCUCGAGCUGCGCCAAGGGCGGUCUUUCUUUCCGGUACUCCAUCACUCUCUAGGCCUUUCGAUAUUUUUAACCAAGUUAACGCUUUGUGGCCGGGCAUAUUGGGAAAAAACAAGUAUAAUUUUGCGCGAAACUACUGCAGCUCAAGUAGUGAUGCAGCGUACAAGGAUUACCAAAGAGGCGUCCGGCUGGAGGAGCUAAACAUUUUGUUACGAGAAAUAGUUAUGAUACGAAGGCUGAAGGAUCAGAUUCUGACGCAGCUGCCUCCAAAGCGAAGACAAAUUAUACGAUUGAGACUAAGCUCCGGCGAUAUGUUGGAAGCGAAGGCUUCUAUUGAUGCUGACGGAGACGAAAGACAGCUGAAUACGCAAGAAAUUGGAAUCGCAAAGCUCAAGGGUGUGACGGACUGGCUCUCAAACAAUCCCUUUUCUGCCGUGAAAGAAGAAAUGCAGAAACUAAUCAUAUUUUGUCAUCACCAUAAAGUUAUGAACUCGCUACAGGAAUUUAUCGUAAGAAAAGAAAUUGAGUUUAUUCGGAUAGAUGGACACACCGAUGCGAAAGACCGUCAAAAGGCUACAGAGAUUUUCCGGCAAAAAGAUGAGGUAAAGGUGGCUAUUGUCGGGGUCACAGCGGGUGGUGUUGGUCUUGAUCUGUCUGCUGCACGCAAUGUGGUGUUUGUGGAGUUGCCGAAAACUGCAUCAGAACUUGUACAGGCGGAGGACAGAGCACAUCGAAGAGGUCAGAAAAGCGCAGUUAACAUUUAUAUAUUUUGCGCUAAGGAGACAUCAGAUGAAUGCCACUGGCAAUCACUCAGUAAAAGUCUUGAAAGGGUAACUACAAUGACGAACGGAUCAGAAGACGCUAUACCCGGUUUAGAGGUGGAAACUCUUAUGGAUCAAACAGAGUCAGGUGAUACGAAAGCGUGCAGUUUGCUACGGAGAUGUCAGAACAGUCUGCUGCCGGAUGAAGUCCCAGAAGGAAGACGGGUUGUGUCUGAAACCGCGCAACAAAAUGCGUCCAAUGAAAGCUGGAAUUUUGAUGCACACUUGUUGAUGUUUGAGGUAAGCUCGAACACUGGCCGAGUUCAUCUGUACAAGAAGUCGCUUGAAGAGCCGCCUGUCGUGACCGCCUUAAGUGAGAAUUUCAAACCCGAGGAUUUAGAGAAGCUGGAACAGAUACCAAGCACCGAGAGGAAUUUGUUGCUGCCAACCUGUCUCCUUGAGAAUACUUCUCUUGUGGACGCCUCAAUGGCUUUCAUUCGAGAAUGGAAGACAUUACGACCGGUUCAUCGAAAAAGGCUGUAUGGAAGACCACUGCAGCUACCUUUAUCAAGGGCACUCAGCCGCUUAACUGAAGCUCAAGGGGGAUUGGUGAAAGGAGGAAGCAAAAGGCGGCGAAGGCCAAUCGGUGAACUGGCUUGCCCGUUACCAGACGGAGCAUCGUGGAGAGACAUUUAUUUACGCGGCAAUAUGUCUUCCAGACCGAUCUUGCAAGCUUGGACGGCAGAUGACAAUCCUCUGUGCAAACUCUGUCACAGGCCAUGCACGAGACAAGAUUCAAGGGAGCCAACGACGUUGGAGGACUUGUUCUGCAAAUCGGAUUGUUUCGAAGAAUACAUGACGAAGACUAGCAGUCACUUUAUGCGUGAGAAACUGUUCCGACUGGAACGCGGCGUAUGCGUGACUUGCAAUCUAGACUGUCAUGCCUUGGUGGAGUGCAUCCGAAAUCUCGAUGUGAACUUGCGAAGAGCCUACAUUCUUAAAAAGGCCCCGGCUUUUGGCACACACGAAACGCUGCUUCAAAAUCUUGUCGAAGAUCCAAUCGAGGGGAACGCUUGGCAUGCCGAUCACAUUGUACCAGUGUUUGCUGGCGGAGGAGAAUGCGACCUGGAAAACAUGAGGACUCUCUGUGUAGUCUGUCAUGCACAGGUAACUAGCGAGCAAUGCCGGAAAAGGCAUGCGUCCUUUCGCAAAGCGCAACGAGCUUUACAGUUCACAGUGGAGAGACUCCUUGACAGUAAGCGACUAAAAUCAGAGGAGGAGAUACUUUCAGAAACCGAUGACGACAAAGAACUUCUGGGAAUUGAAGUUGCAGGGAGUGCAUACUCUAAGCAAACAGGAUAACGUAUAAUAAACUAUCACGUCAGAUAAA